CAAUGCCGCGGCAACGCGAGGCACGUGAUAUCGUACUGGCCUCCAGGUCGUUUGAGGUCGCUUCGAACUGCAGACACUUCAAGCCAUGGCUACCCGCAAGGUCGCGGACUCGACGCUCUAUCAUCUCAGUCCCAAGGGCUUCUGGAAGAAGUUCAGGGAUGCUGUCGUGGUGAAUCCCGAGAUCUCUAGCGGUCUCCCUCUGCCCAGCGUGGUUAGAUAUCCACCUCCUGGUUCGCGACCGGAGAAGUACGCUACCCCUGCUACGAAAGCGUCGGACCCGGCACAGAACCCGUACUGGAAACGAGAUGUCCGCCGAGCCUACCCCCAGCUGUCAGUCGUGACACAGUCUGAGCUCUCCUCUUUGCUCAUUCAACAUUCUCAACCGCAAGCUGUUGCCGCUCCCGCAGAAGGGCAGGAGGGUGAGAAGGCUUCCGUCCCUGCUCAGGCUCCGGAGCCUACAGAGCUAUCUGCAGCCAUUGCUACCAUCACCGCCUCCAACAAGGUCUACACGGAGGCCAAGCUACCUCCGAGUCUCCCGACCGCGGACAAGCGCUGGAGGCCUGAGCGGACGGAGGACGCGCCACACGAUUCGAGUGCAUACUUCCCGAUGCUGCUCUUCAAGUAGACUAUCUGCGUAGUAGAAUGGAAUGCUAUGUUUCUGUAGUGAAUGGUCAACUUAUAUCGAAAGCCAUCCCGAUCGUAGUUAAGCUCCAUACGAACGUUCAACGUUCA